UACUAUUCAUCACUUUAUGCAUCUAUAUAUACCACCCUCACUUUGAUCACUCUUCAUCACUCACUAGCACUCUUAAUUUCUCUCUUCCUUCAUUGUUCAUUCACACACCCUUCAACUUUAUUUCAAUCCCUCUCUUUUCCAAAUGGCCAGUGUUGAGGUUGCACAAGUACCACCACCAACAACAGUGCCCGAAACAACACCGGAGGUGAUCAAGACAGAGGAAACAAUUCCAGAACAAACAGCGAUCGAAGUUCCUGCUCCAGAACAACCGGAAGCUGAAGUUCCUGCCACAGAAGUACCAACAGAAGAAACAACCGAACAGCCAACAGAAACAACAGAAGAAACUCCAGCUGCCGUAGAAACACAAGAUCCAGUUGAAGUUGAGACCAAGGAAGUGGUAACAGAAGAAGCCAAGGAAGAGAAUACAGAAGCACCUAAAGAAACAGAGGAAUCAGUUGAAGAAGUGAAGGAAGAGGCUGCAGCAGUAGUGGAGGAGCCUGUAGCAACCAUUGAAAAUGAGUCAGAAGCACCAGCAGCAGUAACUGCUGAGGAAGAGAAUGUUAAACCAGUUGAGUCAGUGGAAGCUCCAGCAGCAGAAGAAGUUCCAGUUGAGAAAUCUGAAGCUUAAAACAAUGGAGGGUGUGUGAAUGGAAUUGAUGAAAAAGAGAGAUUAAAUUAAUGGUUCUAGUUGUUGGGAUCGGGUCUACCAUUUUGCAUGUCGAGGUUGAAAAGUUUUCUAUUAUUAUUUAUUUACUUUCCUUUCCUUUAUUUAAGUUUAUUAUUGUUGUUAUAGUAAGUCUUUGGAAAUGGUUAUUCAUAUGGAGGGUAUAGCUAUCUACAUCAGUUAUGUAUGGAACUUUACUCCAUGUCAGCAUAUAUAUACAUGCUGAAUGGUGGACAUGUGAUGUGAAAUUUCAUUCCAUGAGUUGUGUAUUGAAGUGAUCAGCUAUAAGGUGCUAUGGUUCUUGGGAAGGUUACAUGAGUUUUUCAUGGUGUGUUCCUGUGUUUCUCUAGAUUUGAAUAAAUGAUAUUUACUUUGUUGUAUA